AUGCCUUUGUGCUAUUGCGAUACCUGCAAUAAAAGUUAUAAAAAUAUAAGAAAUUUGAAAAGGCAUAUCAAAGAAAAGCAUACAAUCUUAGAAUAUUGGAACUGUGUGGAAAAAGAUUGUUCGUCAAGAUUCAUAAGAAGAAGUUACCUCAGCAAACAUUUGAUUUUAAAACACAGAUAUGGAGCAGACUUGGCAAGGGAUGCAGCGUUACGUGCAAAAAGAGGAGAUUUAAAAGAGAGUGAAUAUUAUGAAGACGUGAGCGAAGAUGAAAGUAUUUUUAGUUUGUUAGCAGAAAGAGAUGGAAAUCACGACGAAAAACAGUUUGCUAACACAAUCUUGGAUUUUGACCUGACUCUUCUGCAAAAUGAUGAACAUUUAACCAAUAAUUAUAAAGAUGAAGAAAAACAAAAAGAGUGUGGAAUACCUAAUGAAGAAAAUGAAAUGCAAGCAGAAGAUAACGAUGAGAGAGAAUGUGAAAUAAACGUAAAUGAUAUGGAAAAUGAGGAACGAGAUGAAACAAAUGAUAAUAGCUUGGUAGAAGAUGACAACGGCGGCGAACUUGACUAUAAUGAUUGUGAACAGGAAAGUGAUUACAUUAAUACGCAGCAAAGAAGUGAAGAAAGUGAUCAUGAUUAUAUUAGUGAUAACGUGAGUGCUACAUAUGAUAUAAAUAGUGACGUAAGUUCAAAAGAUGAAAACAACAACGACUAUGAAAGUGAUGUUUGUGAUAACCAGUAUAGUGAUAUAAGUGUUGAGGAUGAUGAAGUGAUUUUAAGCAGUGAUGGUGAGUCUGCACAUGGAAACAUUGACAACAAAUGCACCGAUGUAGUGCCGUCAAAGGCUACAACAAGGACUCAAACUUUGAUAUUAACAUUUACAAAGAAGACGACAUACAUUGGACAAAAUGAAAUUGAGACACACAUGAGUGCCGAUCAAGAAUACUAUGAUGAUUUUGAGUAA